AUGGCUAAAUGGAACUUAGCUUUCGCCUUGCUAGUUCUAGCUACGGUGACAGCAAAGUACAGCGUUGGAUGUAAACGGACGGGCUCCGCACCUGGUUCUGAUCCCAACACUCGUGACGCCGAUGCUAAGAUCUACGCGUGUGGUAUCUGCGGACAGCCAAUCACAGUCACAUUGAUCGUCACAAAUAAGUUUGUGGAGCCGACCUUUGAACUCAACAUCACCGUCAGCAACAAACCACAGAGGGAGCUGAUUUACUUCCUGGAGGCAGCUUCAGUACAAAACCCAAAGUUCAGGUUUACCGCCGAGCACUACGGUACCCUGGGCUAUAUGAUCACCAAAAUCAACGGUCUGGCAGCCUCUGUCAGUGACCAAACUUACUGGCAGUUUCUGGAACACCCCAGCGGCAACAGCCUGCAACUGGGUGCCUCCACUUACGUGCCGCUUGACAACCAGACCAUCCAGUUUAACUUCACCACUUGGGACAACACACACGCGUAA